AUGUGGAUACAGUUCAGCUUACGAGGAAACUACAAGUGGCUCGACAUCUUGCCCGAUCUCAUACAGCAGAAGUUCAAGGUUGGCGACAAAGUACGAGUGAGCAAUGCCAAGCAAGUGUUCGAUAAAGGAUACACACUCAACUGGUCCACGGAGAUAUUCACAGUCAGCCACGUGAUUCCUAACAAUCCAGUGACUUACAAGUUGAAGGACUAUCGAGACGAGCCCAUAGCUGGUGGAUUCUACGAGCAAGAACUCUCGAAGACCAAGUAUCCCGACGUAUACCUCGUGGAGAAAGUCUUGAAGAGACGAGGAAAUCAAGUCUACGUCAAGUGGCUGGGGUUCGACAGCAUUCACAACAGCUGA